AUGAGCUACAACAAAGUUCCUUUGUGCGAAAGCAUUUCACCAAACAAUCUACCGAAGCUUACGCACGAAGCUCAUGGUUCAUGCAACUCAAUUAAACCACCUAAAUUCGUAAAUCAUGGUCUUCUUCUUUGGAACCAGGAAAGACAUAAAUGGAGAGGGAGCAAAAAGGCUGUUGCUCUGUCUAAAAAGCGGCAUAUGCCCAAAUUAAGAAAUUUUUGUGCGUGUAUAUCUAAGAGGUUUUGUUGCGGAGGGAGUGCAGCUUACGAUAAGUUGCAAAGAAAGAACAAGCCAUUUUCCAGACCUAUUCCUCUCAGUGAGAUGGUCGGUUUUGUGGUCGAUAUUUGGGAGCAGGAAGGAUUGUAUGACUGA